AAGCCCACUACCGCGGGGUCUCUUGUCUUCUCCACCUUCCUCCCCUCCUCGCCCGAGUCGCCGUCCCCUCGCUUUCAACCCCCAUACCACGCGGAAGCAAGAAUUCUUCGUCAGAAUCCGACGCCGGGCCGAUUUCUGUGGAUUCCGUGCGACCCUUUCUGCGCCAUGGACUUCUGAUCCGUGGUUUCUUGGAUCUUGGGAGGAUUGGAAGGUGCGGGCUGGGCGUUGAACCGGCCGGGAGAUGGCCGGCGGGAAGGAGCCGAUCGAGGUCAAGUUCCGGCUGUUCGACGGCACGGAUAUCGGCCCGAGCAAGUACGACCCCGCCACCACCGUCUCCGCGCUCAAGGAUUUCAUCCUCGCCCGGUGGCCGCAAGAUAAGGAAAUAACUCCGAAAACGGUCAAUGACCUGAAGCUCAUCAAUGGUGGGAAGAUAUUGGAGAAUAGCCGGACACUGGCGGAGUCACGUGUUACAAUAGGAGAAGUCCCCGGAGGUGUAAUUACAAUGCAUGUCGUAGUGCGACCUCCACAAGCUGACAAAAACCGUGAGAAGCAGCUCGGCAAUUCCCCGAAGCAGAACCGAUGUGGAUGCACCAUACUGUGAUACGACAGCUUCCGGAUGAUGUACAAUGCUUCUAGCUCUAGAAUUUUCAUCUGGUUUUGUGUAUUCAUUUUGACAUCCAGUUCUUGGAGCCACUGAAACCCUAGAAAUACAUGUACUUGCCCUCGUCAAAGCAAUGCUUCGGAGCUGCUGGGAACCAAGGUUUCCACCUGCAAGGGAGUCAAGGAUUGGAUUGGAUAAGGAUGCUUGCUGCUGUAUAAAUUGUGAUGUGGAAACAACUGUCCCCUUUCUCGUUCUCCUUUUGCUAUAUUUGACAUUUUAUCGAUUCUUUUUAGCCGUGUCGUUUGUCACGUAAAACAGGAAAUAUUGUACUAUUACUCAAAUAUAUGUAUAUGCAGCUUGGGAAAGGAGUGAAUUA